CAAAAAAUUUGGUCAAAAUAAUAAAAUAGCAUUCCGAAUGUUAGAGCGAUUGAAUAACAUGAAGAGGAACGCCAGGGGAGACGGAAAGUCAUCGUGUGUUUUAUGCAACGAUCCGUUCGGACUGUUUGGAGCGCAGGGACGACAGUGUAAAGACUGCCUCAAAUCGGUGUGUAAUAAGUGUGGAGUCGACACAUUCACUACAGACAACGACCCGCUCUGGCUCUGCAAACUGUGCUCUGAGUCGCGAGAAUUAUGGAAGAAGUCGGGCGCCUGGUUCUCAAACACACUGCCAACACUGCCGACGACCAGCCCAUGCGCUCCCAGUAUAGCAUCGAUCAAUUCGCCCGCAAACGAGUCGCUAAACAGCGCCGAAAACCAUUUCAUCUCCAAUUCGUCGAGCUUUCACUCGCCGUCACCCGUACUCAGACAUAAGGCCCGAACGCCGAGUCCAAUGGGCAACAGAAACCGAUCGCCUAAUAUCGCCGACUAUGGCGUACUGUUUGAUGAAAAACAAAACGACUUUUACGAACAAUCUUCGGCAGCCGCCGCGCCAACCAANUCGGACUCAGAUAUACCGGUCGACGACAUCGACAAUAUGCUCGAAGAGGGACUCGACUCAUACCAGCGCUCUGUCGCCAACAGCGGAUCCACUGAAGGCGUGUCGCGGAAGAGGAGAUUGAAUGAAAUGAAACUCAAGAUAAACGCUCCGCACGAAGAGAGGAAGAAGAUUGUCUUAAAGAAAAGAGAUCAGGACUACUUUGAAGUACUUCCCGAAGGCUGGUUAGAGGUGACACACUUCAGCGGAAUGCCUAUAUAUCUCCACAAACAGACCAGAGUUUGCACCACAACGAAGCCAUACUAUUUAGGUCCCGGAUCUGCCAGAAAACACGAGAUACCCAUCUCUGCCAUCCCUUGCCUUCAAUAUAAGAAAGAACUCGAAAAAGACCGGAUGGAAGAGGAGAAGAGCAAAGAAGUGACCGCUGAUGGCAAUUCUGGCGAAUGCAACGCUUUACUCGCGAAAGUGGAAACUGUGAGCGAAAACAAAAAGGAGAAGUCAUUGGAUUACAUGUCUGUCAGAAAUUAUUGUCAGAAUUUAUUUGAAUUCCAAACCAUAACUAUUCGCAAAUUCAAAACGUGGGCCGACCGUAGAAAACAUACACAACUCCGAAAAAUACAACAAAGACCUUCACUUCCCGACGGAACUAAACUUAUCACUUGUCCGCUGCCGAAGGCGGCCAAUACCGGAGAGUCUACCGCUGGAAGGAGUUAUCGGAAAGAGUUUGUGAUGAAUCCGGCCGGAAAGUCCUUUGUCUGUAUUCUUCAUGAGUUUGUUCAGCACGCAGAAAGAGUUCAGCCGAAGUAUACAUUCCAAGAAUUGGAAAACGCGAGUCAGCCGUACAGCGCAACUGUUAUUAUCAAUGGUAUGGAAUACGGGAAGGGAUUUGGAAGCAGUAAAAAACAGGCCAAAUCUGAAGCAGCGAGAGCGAGUCUUGAGAUACUUAUUCCUGAUCUUAAAGAGAUUACUGACGGCGGGAAUCGCAAACUCGAUCCUUCGCUUCACGACUUUAGCUUCUUCAAUGACAUCCUUAUCGAAGACCCGCGAGUCAGUGAUUUAUGCGCCAAAGCGGGCCAACACUCUCCCUAUCAGAUACUAGUCGAGUGCCUUCGCAGGAAUUGGGGAAUGGGUGACACAGACAUCGAAACUGACGUCCGUUUAGUCAAACACCAGAAGAAUGAGUUUGUGAUGAAAGUGGGGAAACACAGGGCUUCUGUCACCUGUAGGAACAAACGGGAGGGCAAACAGAGGGCCGCGCAGGCGAUCCUCAAGUUAUUGCACCCACAGAUCAGUUCGUGGGGUUCUCUCCUAAGACUCUACGGUCGGGGCUCUUGUAAAACACCAAAAGAGAAAAAGGAAGAGGAACAGAAGAUAACAGAGUUGCAGAACACCGCCUGCGCUAAUCGACCCAAUUAUGCCAUUCUCAACAAAUUAAAGGAAGAAAUGCUCAAAUUGAGAGAAACUAAUAAUGAAAAUUCGAGUUUAAAUAAAGUAAUGAUUGAAAGCGAAUCCAAUCCAUCACCAAAUUUGAAAUGCGUUGACCUCUAAGAGUGUGAUUGAAGACUACAAUCAGUCUCACUCUUGCGUUCAAUUAUUUAAAUAUCACUUUUAUUUUAUAUAAAUAUUUUCUCGUCUAACAUAUUAUGUCUAAAUUCUUAUUUACUUCUGAUAAAUAUAUUUAUAUUUUAAACUUUUAUAAAAAAUAUGAAUUAAUAUAAAUUAAGUGAUUUUAAAAGUA